UUCCUGUCUUGCUUUGGGGAUUACAGUUAAGUGAUUGGAUGAAUCUCAGAAGAGACUUUGAACUUUGGACUUUUAAUAUUAUCGAGACUGCUAUAGACUACGAGGACUUUUGAAGUUGAACUAAAUGUAUUUCUUAUUAUGCUAUGGCUAGAUAUGGCCCCCAUAGACUUAUGAGUUCGGACAAGCUUAUUGGGGCCAGGGAGUAGAAUGUAAUGGUUUGUAUAUGCUGGAUCCAGGGAGUGGCACUAUUAGAGGGUAUGGCCUUGUUGGAGUAGGUGUGUCACUGUGUGGGCUUUAAGACACUUGUCCUAGUCCGCCGGGGCAGCCAUCUUCCUGUAACUCGCCAAAAUGACGAACACAAAAGGAAAGAGGAGAGGUACUCAAUAUAUGUUCUCUAGAUCUUUUAGGAAACAUGGAGUCGUUCCUUUGGCCACAUACAUGCGAAUCUAUAAGUAGGAUGAUAUUGUAGACAUCAAGGGAAUGGGCACUGUUCAGAAAGGAAUGCCCCAGAAGUGUUACCACGGCAAAACCGGAAGAGUCUACAAUGUCACCCAGCAUGCCGUGGGCAUCAUUGUAAACAAGCAAGUUAAAGGCAAGAUUCUGGCCAAGAGGAUCAAUGUGCAGAUUGAGCACAUCAAGCACCUGAAGAGCAGAGAUGGCUUCCUGAAGCUGGUGAAGGAGAGCGAUCAGAAGAAAGAGGAAGCCAAAGAGAAGGGUGCCUGGGUUCAGCUGAAGCGCCAGCCUGCGCCACCCAGAGAAGCGCACUUUGUGAGGACUAACGGGAAGGAGCCUGAGCUGCUGGAGCCCAGUCCAUACGGACUCAUGGCCUAAUGGACACAAAGGAAAGAAAGGACCCGGACUGCAAAGUGUUUUCCUAAGGGAAAAAAAAAGACUCUUGUCCUAGCUGCCUGGAAGUCAGUAUUCUGCCAGCAGCCUUCAGAUGAAGACGGCACCUGCCUGGAUGCUGCCAUGUUCCCACCUUGAUGAUAAUGGACUGAACCUCUGAACCUGUAAGCCAGCCCCAAUGAAAUGUUGUCCUUUAGAAGAGUUGCCUUGGUCCUGGUAUCUGUUCUCAGAAGUGAAACCCUAACUGAGACAGAAGUUAGUACCAGGGACUGAGGUAUCACUGUGAUAGGCCUGACCAUGCUUUUGUUUGGAAGAAUGUGGAUUUGGGGACUUUGGAUUUGGAAAGCAGGUAUCUACAAUUUUUUUACAUUGAUUUAUUUUUGUCUGACACACACAUAGAAGUCAGGGGACAACAAGGAGGAGUCAGUUUUCUCAUUUCACCAUGAGAGUUCCGGGGAUUGAACUCAGGCCAUCAAACCUGGCAGCAAGCUCCCUUACCUGAUGAGCAUCUCCCCACCCCUACCAUUUUUAAGCUGCACUGGAGUACUGGUGACUCCAGGAAAACUUUAGGCUGGCUGCUCAUCUUCCUAAGAAAGAAGGAGCAAAUGACCAUGCAUCCUGACCACCACGCUUCUCAAGAGGGCUUACCUCACCAGCCACAAAUGAAUGGAUCUGUGAGCCCCUCAAGGGCUUCAUCUGGGUGAGAGUAUGUGUGUGAGCUUGUGUGUAUGUGGUGCUGUAAAUCCAAUCCAGGGCUUCAUGCACAACACUCAGCCUCUUUGCCACUAAGCCCCAUGCCCAGCACUGGACCUGCAUAAUUUUGGGCCUCAGUAGAUGGUGGACACCUGGGAGUGGAUAGCAACAGCCACUUUCCUGCCAUACAGACCAGCAAACAGGGUCUUUCCUCGAAGAGAAAUGAAUGCAAGCAUCAGGGUGAGCGCUUGUGGGAAGAGAAGGCUCCAACCUGAGAAUGCCAAGCCAGCUCCCUGGAACUUUCCGGGGGCUGGAUCCAGGGCUUCCAUGAUGUGCCUGACAGUUUCUUCUCUAAUCCCUAAAGGAACCCAAGGUGAAAUUCUGUCUGAAUAGCCACUGGACUAGAGCAUGUAAAAUGCUCAUGAAACAUUAGUUGGGCAAUGAUGGGGAAACUGCACAAGGUCAGUUUGAUUUUCAGGUACUCGGGUGAAGCAUUUACGUUAUAAAUGUCACUCCACGCGGUACUGAAUGGAUAGAUGCACCGUGCUGGCCGUCAAAACAAUGUCACUCUUUCCAUGAAGGUUGGCAUUUCAAAUCAGUGAGGAAAGAAUCUAUUAAUCAAUAACAUUGAUUGCAUACCUACUGGGUCCCAUGCAGGCAAUGGCCUGGGAAAAUACAGAACAGCAAAGUCUGCCCUGAAGGAGGAGCCUAUGAAGCGAACCAAAUGGAGAAAUGUGAAAUAACCCUCCUGCUGCACGUCCUGCUGUAGCAGGAAACCCACUGACUAUUUACAGAGAUGUAUACAAUGCGAGGAAUAAAGAUAAAUUUAAAAACUAAAUCCAGAGCUGGAGACGUGGCUUAGUGGUAGAGCAUUUGCACAGCUUGUGUUAGGCCCUAAGUUCCACUUCCAGCACCACAAGAAAGGCUGGGGGGGGGGGGGGUGUGACUAAAUCCAACAGAAUGCUUUCCUAGACUUAAGUUUGCAGAAUAAAGGAUAGUUUAUAGACCUGUUGGGAAGAGACUUCAAUAAUUUUUUUACUGAGUGUUUUUCCAUAGAAGUAUGUAGUCUGCCCAUUCCUGAAGAUUCUCUAGUCUCGUGUUCUGUUAAAACUGGUUCGUUUCCGAGCACACAGGGAAGUGUGUCCGUGAGCUAAAUCCAUCCUGUUACCUGGAAGUAGGCUGGCCCCUCCAUCCUGGGACUUCUCCCUUCCAAGAUAAAACCCUCCUGAGUCUGCCACGAGAAGGAACGCUCAGAGAAAAGGGAGGAAGGUAACAGAGAAAAUCUGUGGGGAAGCUCAAAGUCUGUAAAACCUUCCCCAGUGCCUCCCUCAACUUUGACUGCCACGAACUCGAGAGACCAGAAGAGACAAGGCUGAGAAACCAGAACCAAACCCUACAUAGCAUAUGAGACACUGGGUUCGAUCCCUUGGCCCACAAGAAAGGGGAAAGUGGGGGACAAAGUCCAGCGGAACAUUUUCCUAGGUGUAAGUUUGUAGAAUUCUGAAAAGACAGAUAGAAGAAAGGCUAGACUUAGCUCACCAACCAGUCAUUUUCUUACCUAACACCUCAAAGGCAUUUUUCAAUUAGCACUCACACCUGCAAUUUGGGGAUUAGUCAGAAUGUAGAUUAUAGAUAUUAAAUUAAGAAAUUCUAUGAACUAUUUAGGAUGCCAAGAAACACAGCAGCAACGAGAAUGGAAUCCAAAAACACUCUGAAAUUCCUGCUGGCAUAUAUGCAAAUUCUCCAGAGUCCUUUUGUGCUGGGAGGUGAUAAUGUAGC